UAUGCGCAUUUUCGAUGAUUGCGUUGAAAAUUGUAAAAUCCACAGCCGCUAAGAGACCAAAGAAUUCCUCGGAGGGUUUUAUCACGUGGAAGAUCAUCGAGACCAAGAUGCCGUGGGGCCUGAUCUUCCUGUUGGGCGGUGGAUUUGCAAUCGCAAAAGGAACUGUCGCUUCUUGCUUGGCGAAAAAGAUCGGUGCGUCCUUGCUACCACUUCAAGACUUGCCACCCAUUCUAAUACUCUUUCUAAUAUGUCUCCUCAUCGGCACCAUAACGGAUUUUACUUCGAAUGUGGGCAUCGCGAAUAUCACUUUACCAGUAGUGGCUCAAAUGUGCAUAGUGAUGGAAUUACAUCCAAUGUACCUGAUGGUACCAGCCACGUUGAUGUGCUCGUUCUCGUUCCGUCUGCCGGUCGGAACACCACCGAACGCGAUCAUAGCCGUCCAGGGGCACAUACCGACCAAGUGGCUCAUAACUGGCGGCUUCGUGCCCGCGAUUUAUAGUCUGAUAGUACAGGUCAUUCUGUUUCCGACGUGGGGCGUCUUCGUUUUCGGGAUCGGCGAGUUCCCCGAUUGGGCCGUAUACAAUGUGUCUGACGCGAACGCACGUUGCGCGGGUUCGUAA